AUGGCAAGACUCGGGUGGGUGACUUUCUCGACUGACGGUAUCGUGACAGCCAACAAACGGGUUUCCUUUGUAUCUUCGGCUCUAAUGGCGGAGGGAUUGGCACUGCUGGAAGCGGUUCGAGCAGGACACCGGGAUGGGUUGCUGUCGGUGGUGUUCGAAUCAGAUUCUGUGCAACUUAUCAAAGCUAUUAACUCGGGAGUGAUUCUUCGUGAAAUCUACGGAGUGUUUUCUGAUAUUAUAUUUCUGUUUGUUUCUUUUAAGACUGCUUCUUUUGUGUAG